CCAGCAGAGGGCGUAGUUCCCUUUCUCUAAAUUGUUUUUCCACCGCAUGACGCUCUCGAACAGCUGCUGAUUCCAAGAUGACGGAUCCUACAGCAUCGCCGGAGGAUCACUGGAACAAAAAUGACGGUUCGUUCAGUGACAACGGAUUUGAUCCCAGUUUCUUUGCUGAGAAUGCAAGGAAGGGUACUGUGGUCUCCAGGGCUAACAGCAUUGGGUCCACAAGUGCCUCAUCAGUACCAAAUACAGAUGAUGAAGACAGUGACUACAGGCACGAGACCACAUACAAGGAGUCCUACAAAGACCGGCGGAGACAGGCACACACACAGGCCGAGCAGAAACGACGGGAUGCUAUCAAGAAAGGCUAUGAUGAUCUCCAGUCCAUAGUGCCCACCUGCCAGCAGCAGUCUGAGUUUGCCGUGGGGAUACAGAAGAUCAGCAAGGCCACAGUGCUGCAGAAAACUAUCGACUACAUCCAGUUUCUGCACAAGGAGAAGAAGAAGCAGGAGGAGGACAUGUCUAUGCUGAGGAAGGAAGUGAUGGCACUGAAGAUCAUGAAAACGAACUAUGAGCACAUAGUGAAGGCCCACCAGAACAACCCUCAGCAGGGGGAGGAGCAGGUGUCGGACCAUGUCAAGUUCAGCGUGUUUCAGAGCAUCAUGGACUCCCUGUUCCAGUCCUUCAGCAGGUCUGUGUCUGUGGCCAGCUUCCAGGAGCUGUCCGCCUGCGUCUUCAGCUGGAUCGAGGAGCACUGCAAGCCUCAGACAUUGCGUGAGUUUGUGGUGGGAGUUCUCCGGCAGCUCAACAGCCAGCUGUAUUAAUGCAGCCAAGGCGUAAACUCAGGACAGGAAUCUCCCCUCAGGGAUGGAGCCGGGGCCUACCCUGGGUUCUCAGGGUCUGGUAGAGACCUCACAUAUCAGUCUAUCGUGUUCCCUCCUGGCCUGCAGUAUUUAAGUUGUUAACGCUUACUCAACUCACCACCAGUCUGCAGCAGGGUUGGGUGUUUCCUGUCUAGUCAGGUCAAAUCCAGCCCAGCAUUGUCUGUGGUUUUAGUCAUCAGGGUUUUUUUGUUGCAGAACAGAGUUGUGUUAAACAAGGCAAAUGGCCGCUUGCUUGUAAACGUUCCCUAAUGUUUACAUUCACCACAAAUCAGGGGUUGGAACCACAUUUUAUUUUUUAAUUGUUCCAUUCCAAACCUCUUUUUUGUUUUUGUUCCAGUGUUCAAAUCAGCAUAAAGCUCUGAACAGGUCAAAUCAAAUCCAAGAGUUGUGAGUUAAAAUAUUCAAUUCAAACAAGUUGUGAUGGUAUGAGAAUUGUUAAAUGUUCAUCAUUGAUUGUGAUGUUAUGAUUGCUGUUGUGUCCAUGCUGUGACAGAAUCAAGUAUAUCUGUAAGUCUGUUACUGCAGCUUUUCGCCAUUUCAUCUUUAUUGGCAAAAAAGAUACGGUAGAAUAGUGAUUCAUAAAUAGUUCUGUAUUAAAACAGAAUCUCUGGCCAGGAUUCAAUCAGAUUAGCGGUAAACUCAUAGCUGAUCAUUACUUUUGUUUAGGUGGUGUUGGAGGUGUAACUGCGUUUUAUUAAAAAUGUAUUUAACUGA